AACAUGUUGUUCCCUAAGGAAGAAAGACUACAAACUUUUUCGUAUAAAAGGGCUCCCGAAUUUCAGAAAAUGCAUCAGUCUCUUCUCAUCCCUUCUCUCGAAUUAUCCGAAUCCACACAAAAACCAAUACAAUCAUGAGAACCUUCAUCCUCGCCGCUCUCUUCGCAGUCGCAUCUGCUGGAAGCCUCCGUUUGGCUUAUCCCACCCUUAUCCGGAUUGAUUCCUCUUCCGACUUAUCCGAAUUCCGGCCGGUCCACGUCUUCGCCCCCGUCGUCCAUCACGUCCCACUCACCAGGAACUUCAUCCCCAUCACCCGUUACAACCAAGAAAUCGUGGGAGCCGUGUCCGACUCGACCAGCUACGCCACCGGAAACGGUAUCGAACUCUCUGAAUCUACCCGCGUCGUCCCAGGCCGUGGAUCCUUUUACGAGGGUGAAAAUGGUGAGAUGAUCAAGUCUGACUCUUCCUUGGCAAAGUCUGGAAGCUACAGCUACACCGGAGCCGAUGGAGUUCCAGUCAAAAUGUCAUGGACUGCUGAUGAGAACGGAUACCACGCAGUUGGCACCCAUCUCCCAACUCCACCCCCACUCCCAAUCGUCUAAGUGAUGUCUUUGGAAAAUAUGCAAUAAUGAUAUGUGAUACGGCAACUUUUCUACUUGUUAGAAUUUUUACUCUUGUGCUGGACACAAUAAUGAGAAAUAAAUAAAUCCCAAUUUGUUACAA